UUGAAAAAUCUAUUUUUUAUUGACUGGUUAUUGUUUCAAAUGAAAGCUUGACCUCUCUCUUAUUGAUCAAUUUUCGCUUCUUCAAUUAAACCAUAUUUGUUUUUCCCUUUCAAGCAUUUUGAUUCUCUAGGACAAAACACAAACCGCCAUAGACAGAAUGCUUUGGGUUAUUAUCUCUCAAAGUGUUCUGAGAAUUUGAACUGUUUAAAACAUGGGAAUCGAUGCCAAAGAUGUCGGAACUCUGUUCUGGAAAAUUCUCAGAUUUUCCACGAACAUCGUUUAUAGAAACGUAAGGAAUCACCCAGUUGUUUCUGGUGUUUCUGCAAUUAUCUUCCUCCUAUACAUUUUUCUUCCACGCCUUUUUUAUUUCGUCCUUUACUCUUCUCCGUUAAUCGCAUGCUCUGUGUUUUAUCUUCGGAAUCAUCCAAGUUUUAAGCUUUUGCAUAUCAAAACGGAUAAUUGGUUUUCACCAUUUUCCCAAAAGAGAUCUGAGGAGGAAGAAACAAGGAAGGCUGACUUAAAGCACCAACGAAGUGUUCGACGAAACGCUAGAAGGAAAGUUGAAGAGGUUGGGAAAGAUUGGGACUCUUCUCAGGCUAGUGAAGAUGAGAGAGACAGAGUCAUUUUAACAACUCUCUAUGGUGAAAUUCCCAAUACUGCAAAAUCUCCCAAACUUCAGAAAUUCAAGAAAGAUGGAGCCUUUCUUGUGUCUGAAGGUUUCUCCUUUGAGCCUAGCUUAGAUGAAGAAACUCUUUCAACCACCGGGAAUGUUUCCGUUGUGGAUCCAUCGGAGAGGUUGACUAGUGGUGGUGGCGAAACCGAGAUCGAGUGUUCAUCGUCAUCAGAAGGCGAAGAAGAAGAAGAAACUACACGUGAAGACAAAAAGAUUGUAGCUUGGACAGAGGAUGAUCAAAAGAAUUUGAUGGAUUUAGGAAACUCUGAGAUGGAACGUAACAAGAGGUUAGAGCAUUUGAUUACUAGAAGAAGAAUGAGGAGAUUAGUCCGACUUGCCGCUGAGAGUAGCUUAAUGGAUAUGGAAGUUCCUCCAGUCUGUGUUGGACGGAACUAUUUCGGUUUGGAUCAAGAAAACUAUAUAGUUGAUGGUCUUCAAAUGCCUGAAUCUGCACCUUCUGUGUUAUUACCAACUAAAAACCCUUUUGAUAUUCCUUAUGAUCCACAAGAAGAGAAGCCUAACCUCUCAGGAGAUAGUUUUCAGCAAGAGUUUGCAGCCAACCCUAAUGAUAUCUUCUUCUGCCGCCAUGAAAGCUUUUGUCGCAGAGUCUUUCCAUUGGACAAUCAGCUUGACACGAAAUGGGAACCGUGGAAAAAGAAGUCAAUACCACAACAAGGUAGCAAUGAUGGAUUGGUUGGGGAGAAACAUCCUGUAAUGAAAGGAAAAGAUCUAACAAGAGGAGAAGUAAAUGAUAUGGAGUCAGAACACAUGACAGAGAUUGUUGUUAGUGAUUCAAACUCAUUGCUUUCUCCUGAAGACAGGGAAAUGAAUUCUGAUGUCUCAAAUCAAGCAUAUUUUUCUGGAACUUCUGGGAAAGGAAAUGGUGAUCUUCGUGUUGAAAACCCUUUAGUUGGUUUAGUUCCUAGAAACACUGGUUCGCUUUCGAGUUCUUUAGCAGCGGAAAGGCAAAGAUACGUGGAGCAUUUUGGUUAUAGCUCAAAAAAAGGUCAUAAGUUAUCUGUAGAAUCUGAUCUUCAAGUUGAGGUUUCUGAAAUUGGAUCACCUCCCACUACAGUUGAUGGGAAUAAUUCUUCUGAUGAAGAAAAAUCACGUAUUGUCAACGAAUCAGACAUUGGGAAGGAGACGGGAUUUAGUGGUGAGGAGAGCAUUGUGGAUAGAACUGAAGAAACUCAAAUGUUACCAGUGGAGAAAGUUGAUAAAGAUUUAAAUGAAACGAUUUCUAAGGUCUCUCCAGAAACUUAUGUAGCCAAACAAGUUGAGGGUCUGUCUGAUGGUACUGAUAUCAACGGAAGAUCUGAGGAAGAAGAGAGCUCAAAAUCCGGACGCUUUCCACUGGAAAAUUCAGACAAAGGAUUCUAUAUACAUGAAGAGUCAACAGUUCCUCACAUCAAUGAAGUUAUUUCGAGAAGAGAAGAGGAACGUGUCCAAAACUUGACUGAUGAGAUGAAGAUAAAUGAUGACUCUGAUGAACCUGAAGCCUUUGAAAGAAGAACAAAUCAAGAACCCCAAGAACAUUUUGGGGGAAAUGAUGGAGACCAAUCAACUCAAGAGUUGCAAGAACUUGUGGAACCUGAAGUUUCAAAUGUGAACAAUGUCACAUCAGACGAGUCUGCUACUUCCCCAAGAUCAGUGUUACCAGACAUGUUGUUAUCUUUAGACCAGACUUAUACUCUGACUUCUGAGAGUUUGGAACAUACAUUAGAUAGUCAACCUCCGCCAGUGAUUCCAUAUCCGGAAUCUCCACAGAAUCAAUCAGGUGUUGAUGGGAACAGUAGAUGAAGUGUGCUCAGAGAUCAGUUUCAAUGACAGUACUUGAACUGAAAUGUACCUUUAACAAAAUGAUGACGUGUGUUUUCUAAAACAAGGAUAGUCUGAGGCAAGUGAGAAGCUAGAGAAGAAGUUUCUUCUUUAGAUGCCAUUGUCCUUUUGUUGAACACUCAACAAAUUCAGGCUUAUGCAGUGUAGAGGAUUUAGGUUCCCUAGCUAAAUUUUAUGUAUAUGCUAAAGUUGAACAUUAAUGUGUGGAAUUUGAUUUAGUGAAGUGAUCAUCAUUUUGUUUGAUGAUAACUGAGAUAUAAUUUAUGUUGUCUUUUAAAAAGUUUAAUGUAUUAUAGUAUGGGAAAUCUGAUAAUGAUUGGUUAUUUCUAAAUUUUAGUAAAUUACUUUCUCUUUUAGUUUAAAAUAAAUAAAGGAUCGUUGAUUAUCAACAAGAUAAAAUUUUUUACAACAA